ACGUCUCCACGCUCUGGCUCCGCCCAAGCUUGUGUGCAGCUAGUACCGGAAGUUCCGUUCGGUCGCGAACUGGGACAGCAAGCGUACCUCUCACAGUGUAUGUGUGGCAACAACAUGUCUGUGCCGCUGCUCGCCGAGGCUGUGACGGUGUCUGGGAUGGAGAAGGAGACCGCGGCGGUGAUCUUCCUUCAUGGGUUAGGAGACUCAGGGCAUGGGUGGGCAGACACUCUGACGGGGAUCCAGCUGCCUCACGUCAAGUUCAUCUGCCCCCACGCGCCCCCGAUCCCCGUCACUCUCAACAUGAAGUCCAUGAUGCCUGCGUGGUUUGAUCUCAUGGGCCUCAGCCCUGACUGCCAGGAGGACGAGUCUGGAAUCAAGAAGGCGGCAGAGAACAUCAAGGCCAUAAUCGAUCACGAGGUCAAAAACGGAAUCCCCCCACACCGCAUAAUACUCGGUGGCUUCUCUCAGGGCGGGGCCUUGUCCUUGUAUACCGCCUUGACCUGCCAGCAUCAGCUGGCUGGCGUUGUGGCCCUCAGUUGCUGGCUACCACUUCACAAGAGUUUCCCAUCGGCGUCCAACGGCCACAAGAACCUCCCUAUCCUGCAGUGCCACGGUGAGAUGGACGUCAUGAUCCCGGUGCACUUUGGUGCCAUGACGGCAGAUAAACUCAAACACCUAGUCGACCCUCAGAUGAUCACCUUCAAAACCUACCCAGGGCUCCCUCACAGCUCCUGUCCUCAGGAGAUGGCGGCUGUAAAGGAUUUUUUGGAGAAGUAUUUGCCCCGUAUCUGACCUCACCUCAUCUCCACUGUGACCCCCCUCUGAGACACUGACCUGUCACCCCUGAUCUGCCAUUCUCCAACAGGAAACAGCCAUGAGCGCCCCCCCUUCCCACACACAUUGGCAAACACAAGCAUGAAAACACACACACAUUUGAUAAUCCUAAUGAUUCGAUCCACACAGCCAAACUUCUCCACGCAGUCCGACAACGCUCAUACCGAAAAAUACACACUGGUUUGAUUCUAACUUAAUUAAGCGCUCGCACUCACAAGUCUUAGCCUUUCGGAGUGAGAAACACUGACUCACGUGAUACAUUCCCCUUUUUAUUUCAAGAGCCUCUGUCUGUCGCCUCCACUCGACCUCAGCUUUUCUUCACCUUUGUUUCAUUUAGCGUCAUCUUAACCUCAAGCUGUCGCAUCCUCUACCGCCUUUCCCUUUUUUUCCCGCUGCAUCGGUCUGUAAGACAUUUGGUGGGAAACCACUAAGCAGGUUGACACCUACCUGAUACUGUCAGCGACCAUACUGAGGCUCAGUCAGACCGGAUUUCACUUCCCAAUCGUUUCUAUAUGAAACAGAGCGAGACACAUUCGCUUCUUGUCGCGGAUUUGAGCUGUGCUUUAGUUCAACCUGAUUGAACUUUGACACGUUAUAUUUUAACGCUCUCCGAUGUACCAGUAUGAUUUAAAUCGGCGGAAUUAAUUCCUCAAUCUAGAAAUCUUGGUUGUUCAUAGUCUUGAUUUUUAACUGCACAGUGAAAUAAAACCCUGCCCUCGCUAUGUCCUGUGCCCUCCAGAUUUUUUGCCACAGGUGAAAUUCAGUCUGACUGCGACUUCACUCCUGGAGCCCCAAAGAGUCUGACUCCGGGCUCAGUGAGUGCUGGUUUUAGAGCUGGUUUCCCACCAACCCAUCCAUCCCAGUGCAUGCCACCCCAUGACUUGACACUGCAGCCUGUCCGGGUCUGUCAUCGGUUAUCUACCUACACACAACACCGUUUUUAUUAAAGUACCAACAUCCACAAGGGCCUCACGUUUAUUUAAUUUUUUUUAACAAAUGUGAUAAAAUAUCGUGAAGUUUAUGAAGAAAAUCCAAUUGAAAUAAAAGAAAACUAACAAAUCGAUGCUUUUGCCACCCUGUGCUGUUUAUUUCAAAACUUCCCCUCCUGCAUGUUAGUAACCUUUUUCUGCUUUAUGUCAUUCUUGAUUUUAAAUUACCUUUUUUAUAAUAAAAAGAGUGUAGGCUUAAGGAUGAAUGACUAACAGGUAUGAGUUGCAUGAAAUAAAACACUCUAAAUGGUUGCAGGCCUGAACAGACUGCACACACCUCGAGUCGCUUCACUGUUCCUCCCAACGACUUCUCCUCUUUAAACAUUUUCCAUAUUCAAGUGUUCCUGUUUCAGCACGUGCUCACUCCAUGAAACACCCUCCUCUCCAUUAAUCCCAGUUGAUUUGCAAUGGUUUUGUUUGUUUUAAAACUCUGGGAUAAAAGCUGCUUCCUCUAAAUCUUCCACGACACCUUAGCAGCCCUGAAUUUAAAACUUCAGACCAUUUAUUCCCCACAAAAAUGUCAGAAAGUAUACUUACUGUAACCCACUAAUAGAACAUGAAAGGUCAGAUUUAAAGUGAACCCCCAUGCUAUAAUUGUUCACUACUUUAACAUAAAAUGGCUACGCACUUGGAGGGCUUUGGCAAGAAGCUGUUCCAACAUAACUGAAGGGUGAUUUUACAAAUUAAGAAAUAAGUUAAUCUUGAACAACGUGUGAUCCUUGAAUUUAGGAGUGUAACUCUGAGGAGUCGUGUGUGCUUAAAAAAUAUAUACAUCAGGUGUUCUGCAUUUUCCUUUGUGAAUGUUAAUUUUGCUCUCCUCAUGAUUACGUUCUGUGUUGCUGUUCUCAAUCCUGAUUGGAGAAAAAAAUAAGCAAAAAGGAGGAACGACAUCUGUUUUGAUUGUUGUGCAAAAAUCGAUGAAUGUCUCUCUUACUUCCUCGGGUCUUUUUAUGUUUUCCUGUCACUGAAUCUCUCUUCAUGUGGUUUAUUUUUCUCCUCUUUGACACCUUCACCAUUUCUUUUUAUUAUUCCAACAUUUCCCGCCCGUGUGACAACGUCGCACCGUCUUGUUUUUCUCCUGGGUUGUUUGUUGUCAUUGGUUAAGCUUUUUACAAAUGUGUGUUUUGUUUAUUGAACUUAUGUUUUGUCACUGUUGUCAUCUCAUCCUUUUUGUGUUUAUAAUGAUUAACAUUUAAAAAAAAACAUGUUUGGGGAGACUUGGUGAUCUCUCUGCUUUUUUUUGUUUGUUUGUUUGUUUCCAAAACACCUCUAUGCGGAAUAAA